AUGACGCACACCCGCAUCCCGCUCGUCCUGCUGCUGCUGGCUGCGCUGGUCGCCAGCGUAUCUUCUUACGUGGCGCCGCCUCCGCCGCGCGCCGCCGUCAUCGCGCGCGAGCAAGAGCCCGAGGACGCCGACGACUUCGAGAAGCGCGAGGUGGAGAACUGCGUGCCGUACGACAUCCGCUCGUCCGUCGUGGGCACGCGCGCCGUGGUGGAGUGGGCCACGCGACGCACGUACAUCCGCAAGGUGAAGCUGCAGAAGGCGCACGACCGCAGCCCGGCGCUCGCCAACCCGUGGCGCUCGUGCCACGACGUGGGCGCCGAUGUGGAAGUGCGCUAUCGUCGACUGGGCGACAAUGACACGAUGCUGGUCACUGAGGGUACGGAGGAGCCGUUCAACCGCAAGGAGGCCAUCACGUACACUACUGACGGAGCCACAUUCACUACCCACACGGCGUUCCUUGACCUGUCGGGCGACGAGCCCGGCGCUGCUUACGAGUUCAUCGUGGGCUCGGUGUAUCACGGCUGGUCGGCGGUCCAUCGACUAGGCGCCAACCUACCAUUUCGAGGAGACGAAGCCGAGCGCUGCCGUCCUAAGCACGUGCACACUGCCUACGGACUGAAGCCCGGAAGACUGGCAGUGCAGUGGAUGACCAAGGAGUUCUGCGGAGAAGGAGACGCUCAGUUGCAGCUGGUGGAGGGAUACCAUGCUCGUAUCGAGGUGGAGGGGCCAAACAUGACCCCCGUGACAGCGUGGGCUAAUACGACGCUGUUCGAAGAUGAUGGUCAGAAGCAGUCCAAGCGCUGGCUGCACGUGGUGAGGCUGGAGGGACUGAAGCCCGAUACGAGGUACACGUACGUUGUGGGCAAUGCGCACUACGCGUCGUGGUCCAUCCCGUAUGUUACCAAGACUGCCCCGGCGCCGGUGACGGCUGGAGAAACGCCCAAACCCAUGCGAUUCUUGGUUACUGGCGACAUUGGCUACCAGAACGCCGCCACUUUGCCCAUGAUGCAGUCUGAAGUUGCAGAAGGAGUGGUGGAGGGCGUGGUCUCAGUUGGCGACUAUGCGUACGACCUGAACAUGGCUGAUGGCCACGUUGGAGACAUUUUCAUGCAGGAGAUCGAGCCGAUUGCUGCCAGUGUUCCCUUCAUGGUGUGCCCAGGCAACCACGAAACGCACAACGUGUUCAGCCACUACUCGCAGCGCUUCCGACUUAUGCCAAGCAACGAGAACGAAGGCGUGCAGACUGUUCACGUGGGUGGACGCUCGAAGGAUGUCGAGCCGAAGGAGGUGCCAAACAACUGGUUCUACUCCUUCGACGUGGGGCUCGUGCACUUCGCGAUUAUCUCGACUGAGAUUUACUUCAAGAAGACCUUCGACGUGGACGGAGACGUGAUCGCCCGUCAAGAAGCCUGGCUGGAGCAGGAUCUCGCCAAAGCCAACGCGAAUCGCGAGAAGACACCGUGGAUCGUGGUAAUCGGACACCGCCCCAUGUACUGCACCUCGGAUAACACCAACUGCGGCGACAAGGCUGCUAUGCUGCGGGACAAACUCGAGGACAAGUUUUUCACGCACGGUGUCGACUUGUACCUGUGCGGCCACCAGCACAACUACGAGCGAGCCUUCGACGUGUACAAGUCGCAGACGUGGAAGCGCACGCACAACAUGCGCGCCACCACGCACAUCUUGACCGGUGCAUCGGGACAGUAUCUCACGUCUAUUAUGCGCAAGGCUUUCGAGAGACCUGCCGAGGUAUGGGACGCCUUCCGCAACUCCAUCUUCGGGUACUCCCGCAUGCAAGUCAUGAAUGCCACGCACCUGCACUGGCAACAAGUAGAAGCUGACCCGGAGAACCCUGCCGCGCGCGGGCUCUACGGUCAGGUCGUUGACGAUGUGUGGCUCGUGCAAGAGCAGCACGGAAGCUUCGCCCCGAUCGGGACAGCGACAUAG